AUGGGCGUUGAAAGGCUCGAAAAUGCGAAUCCCCAAAUCUUCUCAGUGAAACCUCGUGAACGUACCAACACGGCCAGUGAGAUGGACGAGUCCGUUGAAGAUCCUAUUGAUGCUCUGGAAAUAUUCGAUCUAAUCCGUGACAUUAAUGAUCCUGAGCAUCCAUACACGCUUGAGCAGCUCAAUGUUGUUCAGGAAGGAGCUCAUCAGAGUACAGAAGGAUGCUAA